AAAGCAUCGAUAACACGCGUUUGUUACUCGGAAACAUGAAAUGUUUAUUACCUUCUAGUAAUAUAAACAAAAUUUAUAUCUACUAUUAAUAGAACGUAGUGAAAAUGUUGGAAAUAAAAAGUAUCAGAGAUAAAUUAAUGAGAGCGGUGGAGUGUGACCAGGCCGGACUUAUUUUGGAAGCACAAGAUCUGUACGAUGAUGGGAGACAAAUGCUCUUUCAAAUUAUGGCGCACGAAACCGACGAGGCUAAGAAAAAAAGUCUGAAUGAGCGUAAUAGGGAAUAUAUUGACCGUGCUGAACAAAUUAAGGAGCAUGUACAAAAGCUUGGCGUUGGUGGACAACUUGUAGCUCACAUACCAAUAGAUGAAAACUCUGUGGGUAAUAGUUAUCGAUCGCUUUUUGGAAAAUACUUGGAUGCUGAAGUAAAGGAAGUUCUGCUUGAAGAACCACAUCUUUAUAGAAGACAUCAUUUUCAGAAUCUUAUAUCAUUUUUGGAGUUGCUUGUAAAGAACUGUCCGUGCUUUAGGUAUAUCCGAUUGGUGACUAAAACUUCUAGCGAGUCACCAGACGACCAAAGGAAUGCACUAGAGCAGAUUAAAACUGAUCUUUCAAAGCGCAAUGUGACUUUAAGGAUUAAAGUUUUAAACACCCAACAUGAUCGUAAAGUUGUAUUAAGCAGUGGUUAUAUUAUAAUGAUCGGUCUCGGUUUGCAUAUUUUUAAACCUCUGAACCCUUUUUAUAGUCUUGGAUUAUGCGAUAAUGACUUCCGAAAUUGUAGACAGACCGAAGUUAACAUUUUUCGUAAAAAAAAUUUGGUUUCUUAAGAUAUGCGUAAAAAGGUUCCUGAUAAAAAAACAUCUGCCGUUGGCACAACAUCAAGUCGCGCAGCAGGACCUGGCCAAACAGAGGAUGUACGAGCCAGUUAUAUACAUAUGUAUAUAUAUAUGUGUGUACUUAGACAAAUUUGUUGUUUUAUGCCUUUUUCAUAAGUGUGUAAAAGAAAAAAUGCCAUAAAUCAGUAAGACAAUACGUAUUAGCGUAAUUAUAUGAAAAGAUAAAUUGAGUAUGGUUUAUUUUCUUAUAA